CGUACCAGUUUUAACGCACGUUGCGAUUCUUCCUCUCGAUAUAUUCGAGAUCACGAUCGAUUUCCCAUUUUCCAGAGGUAACGACGUGGUGAACGUAGUCGUGGAUUACCGUGUGCCAACGACACAGUGUGUGAAUGUGGUCGUGAUACGAAUGAAGAUCAGUUAGUGACUAAGAAGUGCACUCUACUGUGAGUAAAGUGUCAAAUGCCAGCGGAUCAUGAAUACGAUGAUACGAAACUGGAUUCUCUGCACCCUUUUUCUACUGGGAUACGUUCAAGAAUGUUGGCAGCUGGUAAUAAAAACCAUGAACAUACCAUCAAUGGUGAAAGCCGACGACACCGAUUACGUGAUUCUGGACUGCGACUACGAUCUCGAGGACACACCGAGCAAGGGAUUAGUCGUAAAAUGGUUCUUCAACGCCAACGAAGUGGCUUACCAAUGGAUAUACGGUAGGGACCCUUUGGCCGGGGACAUCACGCGGAAGUACGUCGACCUGAAGUACAAAGCCAGCGACGAUCCGUACACCACGUAUCGAGCCAUGAAAUUGAAUAAGCCCGGUAUCGAUCUUACUGGCGAAUACAAGUGCGUCAUAUCCACUUACGCGGACGAACAGUCCGCGAGUUCCUCCAUGGUUGUGUAUUCAACGGAGGACAAAUUCGAUCUUGUAUAUAGAAAGAAAACUAUAGAUGAUAAGGAUGGAGUGGAGAUAACGUGCAUGGCAGAAGGGUUAUAUCCAAUACCCACUCUGGAUAUAUCUAUCGAGGGUGUCCUGGAAAAACAAGCAGCAAAGCCCACUGUUACGCUGCGUGCCGAUGGACUGUACGAUAUCUUAUCACGGACGGCCUUAUUGGACGAAGAUUUACCGGAAACAGCGAUUGUCAAAUGCUUGCUCGGUAUACCGAAGGUGAACUACAAUGUUUCCCGCAAAACUGUCUACUAUCCCGGACCGCCUACUACUACUUCAACCUCUACAACGAAGCUGCUGCAAAAAAUGGAGAUCCAAGCGCUAGACAAGUCAGAGCCUGGCAAUGGUGGUGGAAAUUUGGCUGGUCGAUUGUCAAUUAACAUCCUGCUAGUUGUAAUAUAUCUGGCACUAAUCAACAUGUUUAAUUGAUCGUUUAAUCAUUAAGGUUACCGCCUAAAAUGAAAUUUGAAACGACUUGGGAAUAUGUACGUGUAAAAAUUCAUCAUUUCGAUUUAUCAUCUACUACACCUAAGAUACUUAUCGACAAACACAGUGUGCCCAUUAAUGUUGUUUCACAAAAUAAAGUCAAGUGUCGAACGUUGAGCAUCGAUCAAUAUUCACAUUCAUUGUUCAUAUGAAAUUUUGUUUAUAAUUAUAUAUAUAUAUAAAUACAUCAAUUAACAAAAAUAACAAAGAUACAUCAUAACGCGCUGUUUAUAGAAUAUUAUUCUACAAUGAAAUCCUAAUUUAGCGUGGAUACGAUUUAAGAAAAAAAACCAAAGAUACAGAGAUCGAAAGAUCAGAAAGAAAAAGAAAAGGAAAAAUUCAUGGCGUUGUAAAUAACGUUCGAGAUUUGAUCAUAUAAUACUUCGAAUUAUAUUGUAGAUUGUAUUUGUUACUCUUCGUGUUACAUCAGAUUCAUAAUAUAUUGAAUAAAAUGUAUGGAAAUUUAAAUACGAUAUACAGCAGAUAAGAUAUAUAUAUAUAUGAAAAUGAUAUGAUGAAACAAGACACACAGAAAAAGAAAGAAUAAGAUCGAAGUAAAUAUAUAUUGAUUAUACGUAAUUUGAAUGUGUAAUUAUUUUAAUAUAUGUAAAUAGCUGCGACAAUAUGCGGUAUCGAAAUCCGAACAAAAAUGAAUAUUUAAGAAAAAAACAACAUAAAGUGAUAACAUCCUUGCUUGAGAAAACGAAAUUGUACAGUUUCUGCGGUGAUAUUACGAAUAAUUUAUUAUUAUACAUGUUAUUCCUAAUCGCGAAACAUAACAAUUAUCUGUAACUAUAACAAUAUGAGAGAUAUCUUAAUGGAGAAAAAAUAAUUAAAAUUAUUUCGAUAUGUCAGAACGUUAUUACGCUAGUAAAGUUGCACUAUAUGGAUCAGUUUAAUUUUUUGAUCAAUUAUAAUUAAAAAAACUUGGAAAAUUCAUUCAGAUAUUUCUAUCUUUCUGAUUUAGUCGAUCCAAUGAAAAGACCAAAAAAUUAACAUUUAAUUUUGUCAAUAAAAUAUUUAAUUGCUAUUUUCAUUGUUGAAUUGUACCAAAGAUAAAAAUGUGAAAAUAUUCGAUUGAAUAAAAAUUCAAGCUAUGUGCAGUAAAGUAAUUAAUUAAAUUAGGCCUA